UUAUCCAAGGCCUGCGCGCCGGCCGGCUCAGUUCCAGUUGAGUCCUACAGCUGUUGUGGAGUGUGAGAAGCAGUAAAGUUAUAUAGCGAUGGCUCCAACGGUGAAGUUAAACAACGGCAAAGUUAUGCCCGUCAUCGGGAUUGGCACUUGGCAGUCUGCCCCUGGCGAGGUCGGAGAGGCGCUGAAGUACGCGAUCGAAAUUGGUUACCGUCACAUUGAUGGGGCUGCUGUGUAUCAAAACGAACCAGAAGUUGGUGCUGCCUUGAAAGCAAAGCUGGAUGAUGGCACAGUCAAACGUGAAGAACUCUUUGUCACAAGCAAGCUGUGGAACACAAAGCAUCGGCCAGAGUUGGUAGUGCCAGCUUGUAAGAAGACUCUUGCAGAUCUUAAACUGGAUUAUCUUGAUCUGUAUCUCGUGCACUGGCCUUUCGCUUUCAAGGAGGGAGAUGACUACUUCCCCAAAGGAGAAGACGGUUCAAUUAUUACAACAGAUGUUGACUAUCUGGAUACUUGGAAACAAAUGGAGGAGUGUGUUCGCCUUGGCCUUACAAAGAGUAUUGGUGUAUCCAAUUUCAACAGCAAACAGCUAGCUAGAUUACUAGAAGUUGCAAAGAUCAAGCCAGUCACCAAUCAGAUUGAAUGUCAUGCUUACCUCAACCAGAAGAAAUUAAUUCAGUUUUGCAAGGAAAGAGACAUUGUUAUUACAGCAUACAGUCCACUUGCAAACCCCUCCAUGAAAAUGCCAGAGGGUGAGGUCCCACUCAUGCAGAAUCCAAAGAUGAAGGAGCUUGCUGACAAAUAUGGAAAGUCAAUUGCUCAAGUUCUUUUGAGAUACUUGAUUCAAAUUGGCACAGUUCCAAUACCAAAAUCUGUCCACAAGGAAAGAAUUAAGGAGAACUUCAAUGUUUUUGAUUUUGAGCUGAAUGCUGAAGACCUAGCUUACAUUGACACUUUCAAUAAGAACUACAGGGUUUGCGCAUUUAAUGAGACCAAAGCUGCCAUACACUACCCAUUCUAUGAAGAGUUCUGAAGUCCAUAAAUUUCAAAACUUGAUGUGAAGUGGCACAUCAUGACAACUGCCUGAUUCGCAGAUUAAACAUAUUAAUUUAAUCAGUAAAACAUUUCGUAAUUGUAUGUAAUAGAUGUCGUGAUAUUUGUUUGUUUCCAUUGUUGUUGUAAUACCAUGUUCCAUGUAUUACAUGUACAAUCAAAUAUUAUUUUGAAAUAAAGUUAUGCUAUUGUGUACCAA